AUGCCCUUACCUGGACAACAUUUUAAAGAAAUCUUUAUACCAAUUGUGUUUCUGCCUAUCAGUUACAAUUAUGCUUCAAAAGCUUUAAUACCAUCGCUUCAAGUUAUGUCUCUGAAGUCUGAUUUGUGUGAAACUUGCAAGACAAUGAAAAUGGAUAUUCAAUAUACAACUCAACAUGAAAAAAAAUUAGAACUUACUGAGAUUUUUUUGGCACAUUUAAGUCAUGCGCAAAAGGAAUGUGAUUACUAUAAUAAUAAUAUUGUAAAGGCAGUUGAAGAUGGUAAAUGCAAUGAAAUCACAGUUGAAUCUCAAUUUUGUAAUACAGAUUACCUUCCUAAUGCUCAACAAACAAAUUAUAUAAUUGAUGAAGCUGAAAUGUCUGAUGAUAGUAGGCAGAAAAAAG